AUGAAGGAUCCUCGCGAGGACAUAGCUGCGUUUGAACUGGUGAUGAAUUUAUACGGGCAAUCGGCUCCUAUUAUGGCUAAAUUAUUUGUUACUACUCUUGCAGGGAAGGGACAGGAGUGGUUUACUAGCUUGCCCCGUGGGAGUUUUAGGUCGUACGAGCAGCUUAUCCAAAAAUUCUUUUUCCAUUUUUUCAGUAAGAAGAAGCAAAAGAGGUCGGCUACAUACCUGUUCAGUAUACGCCAGAGGGAAGAGAAGACCUUGAAAAGCUUCAUGGGGAGAUUCAACAAUGAAACGGUGGAGUUGAUGGCUUUGGCGCAAAAAUAUAUUGAUGAAGAAGAGAUGAAUGCUUUAAAAGACUCUGAGCGUCGAGAGAGAGAGCAAGUAUACCACCGGCCUCAAGAAGCCAGAGAACGUGGUGGAAUGCGAACGAGAAAUGAUAAGCCAAGGGAGCCGAAAUAUCAGCCCAAAUAUCACAACUACACUCCCUUACCUGUAACACGAGAAAAAGCUUUGAUGCUGGUAGAGAAUGUUGAUUUGCUUAAAUGGCCUAGACAUACCAGUGGAUGUAAGGUGGGGAGAGACAAAGUCGGAAGAAGUCGGUCAAGAAGUCAAGAUCGCAAUCCGGGCCCUGCUAAAAUGGAAAAAGCUCUAGCAGACAGAAGUAAUGCUCCCACAAAAGGAGUAAUAUAUGCAAUUGCUGGGGGCUUGAGUGCAGGGGACUCGCAGAGAACUAGGAAAAGGUGUGCGAGAACGUUGGGGUCAAGCAAAGAGAGGGAAUUUGUGCUAAAAGUCGAAGAAGAAGAAGCUAUUUCCUUUAAUAGUUCAGACCGACCUGUGGAUAGUGAAGCUAUGAACGAUCUGAUGGUCAUCAAGUGGGAUAUAGCGAAUUUUACUGUUCAUAAGGUGUUGGUCGAUAGCGGGAGUUCAGCAGAUAUUAUAUUUAAGAGCGUGAUUGAAAAAAUGGGGCUUGAGAAUGCUCAUCUUGAAUUGGUAAAAACUCCUGUUGUCGGAUUUGGAGGAAGUGAAGUCACGUCGCUAGGUGUGAUCGAAUUGCCUAUUUCUAUGGUAGUGGAGCCAAAACGAAGAACUUUGACGGUAAAAUUCUUAUAA